AUGCACCUACUUCAAACUUUGUCGGCGUUGCUGCUCACCGGCAGCUCAUUAUGCGCCGCCACUAUGCCCCACAAGGGCCAUGGAGCAAUUGCGCCUAAGGUUUUCAUUGUGUCAAUGUUCGAACCUGAAGCCGAAGCUUGGUGGAACAUCCCUGAAUUCGACUUGCUUGCCCACAACAUCACUAUUCCCGGUCUCUCACCGCUGUUCCCAGAUGUCCACUGCACCGAAGACUAUGAAGUUUGUCAGCUUAUUACCGGAGAAGGCGAGAUCAACGCUGCUGCCACUGUAACCUCCGUUGCUUUCUCCCCUCUGUUCGACCUCACGCAAACCUACUUCUUCGUCGCGGGAAUUGCCGGCGUCAACCCUAACAAAGUCACCACUGCAUCCGCGACCUUUGCUCGGUACGCAGUGCAGGUCGCUCUGCAGUACGAAAUUGAUAUCCGCGAGCUUCCCAGCAACUAUACCACCGGAUAUAUCGCCCAAGGCACCGAUUUCCCAGGCCAGUACCCGACCAGUAUCUACGGCACAGAGGUCUUCGAAGUAAACGCCGACCUGCGCACAAUUGCCGCCAAUUUCGCGCGCAAGGCAAACCUCUCCGACUCCGCCACUGCUCAGGCCUACCGCGCUCGCUACAAGACCCCCAGUGGGAAGUACAAGGCUGCCACCUUGCCACCCAGUGUUGUUGAAUGCGACGUCGCGACCACUGAUGUAUACUUCAGCGGCCAUAUCCUCGGCUCGACGUUCGAAAACACCACCAAGGUGUUGACUAAUGGAACGGGCGAUUAUUGCGCAACCGCACAGGAGGAUAACGCCACGUUCGAAGUCUUGCUCCGAUCCUCGAUUCACAAACUGACCGAUUUCUCUCGCAUUAUCGUCAUGCGCACGGCGUCUGACUUCGAUCGUCCCUACCCCGGCGCGUCGGCAUCUUACAACCUUUUCCAAUCCUCGGAGCAGGGCGCAUUCGAGCCCGCUAUUAAGAAUCUCUAUGUUGCUGGUAUCAAGGUCGUGGAGGGUAUUCUGGACGGAUGGGAUGAGACUUUUGCUGCUGGUGUCAAGGCCAACAACUACGUCGGUGAUAUCUUCGGUUCUCUGGGUGGUGUUCCAGACUUCGGCCCUGGACGCAAGCAGGCUCUCAUCGGUGGCGGUGCUUACAAGCGUAACGUUCAGAAUCGGUUCACGCGUCGUGCUUAA